ACCGCGCCGGGCCCUCGGCGGGAGCGCUGACAACCUUGGUGGGGCCGGAGGGGAGGGUGUCAGGGCCCCGCAGGGCCCGGCACUGACCCCCGUGCUGCUGCAGUGACCCUGGGAGACAGACAGUCUGGACCCAGGCCUGGGGGCGCUAGGCCCGGCAUGGCCGACGGGGUUACUAAGUCUCGCCCUCGGCUGUAGAGCUCUGGGCAGGCCCCAAGGCCUGCUUCCGGCUUCAGAUUCCUCAUCUAUAAAACGCUUCCCCAGCAAAUCCACGCGUAGCUCCCCGCAUACAGCAGGGCUCAAUAAGUGGCGCGUCAUUACUGCUCCUUCUGAUACUCAACACCCACCUCGCUGGUCAUUUAUUUGCUUACUCGCCCCACCCCCACGCCCAACGCAGGCUCCAGAAGGGAGGCUUCCAUCUUUGUCCAUCUAGUUCACGAGGUCUCACAAAUAAAAGCCGAGAGAUUUCACAGCUGUUAUUGGGAGAGUCCCGUGUUCCCAUUUCACAGAAGAGAAAAUUGAGGCCCAGGUGAAGAAACGGCCUAUGUGAGUUCACACAGGGCAGGUGGCAGGGAUGUGCUGUCUUGCCACACUGUGCCUGGUGGGCCAACAGGUAAUGUCCAUGAGGUCAUCAAGGCCCACUCCAAGGGCGACCUAAGGAGAUCACAUGAAAGGGGGUCUGGCUGCAGCCUACGGGCCAGGGCCAGAACGAACGCGGCCCGGAUGGCUUUCUCCACACCGGAUGCUCCCAGCGCAAGCAAAAACCGCGUCACUACGGACCUCCACGGUGGCUGCGCCGCACAGGAACACUGCUACUUCACCUCCCUGCGCGUGCUCGAAAUGCAGUCCUGUACCUUUAAAGGACAACUGCGUUCGCUAUGUCCCGCCCCCAGGGAGCGCGUCAGCGGCAAGGGGGAGUGGCAGGCUCGCUAUUGGCUGAGCCGUUCAGUAUUUUGGAACGUGAGCUGGAGCGCCGCGCACUCUGAUUGGAGAUACGGCCUGCUUUUCUGUGUGGCCCUGGAGGUGUUACAGUUUCCCGGGGUCUCGGCGUUCGGUGCCGGGUCCUCCAGGUUCCAUCCUGAGCGGGGCGGGGCUCCGGGGCUUAGCGGUCCCUCUGCGCCCUCCGCUGCGUGUGCUGAAGCCGCGAAGCAGCUCCCCAUCCCUCUUGUCCCAAGCCUGAGAGGCCAGGAGAGCCCUCUGUCUGGAGAUAUUAGGCCAGUCCUCUGGGGGCUUCACAUUUGGAGCUGCCUCAGUUUCUGCCUCCUGGAAGCGGGGCCUUCAGACUUGACCUGCACUUGCCCGUUUGCAGGCAGGACUCUGCCAGCCUGGGCCAUUUCACUGUCUACCAGGGGCUGCCCUGCCAAGAUCUGGGAGUUUAACUGUGGCCCCUGAGCUUCACGGAUGUCUCCACCCAAGGUCUGGGAGUCUCAGACCUGGGACCUCAAGUCACUGGUCUUCUCUGGGCCUCAGUACACAGAGUGGAUUGGAGAUCGGAGAGCUGCUGUGCUGGCCCCACUUGGGAACCUCGGGAAGAGGCAGCCUCAGACUGGCCAUCUGGAGGGAGGACUGAUCCGACUCUGGGGUGGUUAGGAGGCUGAAGGCUUUGCUGGUGUGGGUCCAUGUCCACAUCCCCCACUGUGUGUGUGAGCCUGGCUUCCCACUCCUACAGGCUGACCAUGGCGGAGUUCUCUCAGAAGCGAGGGAAGCGACAAGAUGAUGCUGUGCUGGGCAGUGCCGUGGACUUCCUGCUGGCCAAUGCCCGCCUGGUGUUGGGCGUGGGCGCGGCUGCUGCGCUGGGCAUUGCCACUCUGGCCGUGAAGCGGCUCAUUGACAAAGCCACCAGCCCAAGGGACGAGGAGGAUGAAACCAAGGGCAAUACCACUUGCCUGGAGGAUGGCUGGAAGGAGCUGAGCCUGCUCAAGGCCAUGCCGCGUCCCCAGCCCCAGCCCCCACCUGCUGCCCUGAGCCAGCCUGUGUCCACCCCAGCCCUCUCACCCACUGUCCCAGAGGGGCCUGGAGACAGUGGUUCCCGAACGCCACCUCAGCACAGCUCCCCAGCACCGUUGUGCCUGACUUUCCAGGAGAAGCUGCUGGCAUUCGAGCGGGAGCACGUGGUCAUCCCAGCAGUCGAUGUGGCUGUGGCCCAGCAGCUGGCUUGCGAUGUCAGCCUCGAGCUUCAGGCCUUCCUGCGGAGCAAGUUCCUAGAACUGCCCUUUGGGGCCCUAGAGCCUGGUGGGCCACUCUUUGAUGGGCUGCAGGCCAGUGGCACUGACCCUGUGCGCCUCCUGGUGCCACUUCGACUGGAGCCAGAACUGUGGGGCCUGGUGCCGGGGGCUGACACUGUGGCUCAGGAUGCUCGCUGCUGGGCUGUGCGCCGGACCCAGCUGGAGUUCCGGCCCCGUGGGAGCAGCCCCUGGGACCGCUUCCUGGUGGGCGGCUACCUGUGUGCCCAGCUCCUGCUGGAGCUGCUCCACAAGGCGCUGGCCACCUCCGUCAACUGGCCGGCCAUCAGCAGCCUUCUUGGGUGCCUGGUACAGCCCAGUGUGACCUCUGAGGAGCUGCUGCUCGAGGUGCGCCAGGAGCACUUGGAGCUCACUAUUGCUGUGCUUCCUGCUGUGGUUGGCACCGUUGCCAAUGACCACGUCCUCCUGGCCUGGCCCCUAGAGGGACUGGCCGGGAACCUCUGGCUGCAGGACUUCUACCAGGCUGAGGCCGCCAGGCUGCGGGCCCUGGAUGACCGAGAUGCCGGCACCCGUCAGCGGCUUCUGCGGCUGCUGUGUAGUAUCUGCUGCCGUCAUCCUGUCCUGGGGCGGCUGGGCCGGGGCCACCUCACCCAGGUGGUUCUGCGCCUGGGGGAAGAAGAGGAGGACUGGGCCGAGACAGCCCUGGGGUCGCGCUUCCUGCAAGCCCUGGAGGAGCUCAUUGGAAGCCUCGAGCAGGCCAGCCUGCUGUGCCACUUCAACCCCAGUGUGAACCUCUUUGGCGACCUGUGUGAGGAGGAGAUUAACAGCAUUGGCUAUGCGCUGUACAGCGGCCUGCAGGCCCCCGAGUGGCUGCUCUGGGGCGGUGUGGCCAGCCCAGGCCCUGAUGCUGGUGCACUGUGCACACCUCCUUCUCAGGGUUUCAGAGAGUACUUUUCUCUUGCAUUCAGCUAGAAUAAAAGGGGGCACGUUUCCUAAGCACAUGGGCAUGACAGGUGCUCAGUUGCCUGGACCCACCCAGAGAGCUUGGAUUGCUGUCACCUGUGCUCAAGCUGGGCUGCCUCUUUGCAGCGUGGACUGACAGCCUUUCAUCUCUGCUCCCCUUGGGCUCUGUCAUCACCAGCAACGAACCCACUGAUGGAAUGUGGCUUCUGCCACCCAGCUGGGGUGGAAGGUCAGCUCCAUUUUUUCUACCGAGGGAUCUAGCACUUCCUGGGACGCAGCUUCAAGGCAUCUUGGGGCUUUCUGGUGCCGCUUUUGUCAUGUGUUUGUUCUUUUGACCAGGGGCUACGCCUGGUGCUCCUGGAAUACAGUUUUUGGCUUUGAAGUGUGGUGUUUUUCCAGUCUCUGUGUGUGUUGUUCUCAUAAGCUGUAGCUCUAGAGCCAUGCUUGGGAGCGGGAUAUCACCUCUCCUAUCAGGGGAAGACGCCUUUUCCCUCGACUGGGCAGGCUUUCUCCUUGGGCAGGUGAGGCCGCUGGAGAGCCCUGUCCUCACUGGGAGGGCUGAGGGACUUGGUGCUGGUUCCCUUGUCCUGAGCCCAGGAGGCUCCGCUGUAGCUGCUGCUCACCUGGCUGGACAGCAGGGGCCAGAUGUGUGGGCCAGCUAGCUGCGUCCCCGAGUGAGUGGCUCUCAGCUGAUGUCUGUUCUGACUUAGGAGCCUGCCACCUUGGAGCCUGGCAGAGAGGGGGUGGGGGAGCUGCAGGAGGGAGAGCCUGCCUUCCUGCCCAGGUGCCUCCGUGUCUCUCCAAAGCCCUUCUUGUGAAACAAAGCUGUGUCUCAAAGAGUGUGAACCAGAAUAAAAGAACAGUCCUUGCAUACGUGUGGGUCAUGUGCUGGUGAGGUGCAGGUAGCACUGCCAUACAGAGCCGUGUAGAGUUUUCUGGAAGCCCUGUGGCUCGCCCUGGCAGCCUGACCAGAGGGUUUGGAGUCAGCAGGGAGGUGGUAGGGUUUCACUAGAAAAGUAGGUGGGAUGUUUGGAGUGGGAAUACUAGAAGAUUCCCUUGGUAUGCUGACUUCCUGGAUCCCUGCUGUGCCCACUAGCUUUCUGGGACAGGGAGCUGCUUCCCAAGCCCUCUGGCCACUUGCAGUCACCUUUCAGGGGAAGGCGAUUUCUCCAUGUCUCUGCCCCUCCUUGGACAGGUGAGAGAAGCAGGUGUGAAGCAAGUACAUCACAAUAUUCCUGCGGGAGCCCAACGAGCUCACCUCUGUCACCAUGGAUGACAGAGGAGGCCUGUCAUGGCUACAGAGAGCCUGGGGUGGACCUGGGACCAUGUGUCCACAUGGUGUGGCCACCACAGGUGUGUCAUUUCCAUUCCUGCUUCUCUUUUCUUCCCCAUCCCCUUGUCUUCUCAGAGGUAACUUCUUCCCCCUUCUGGCUGGGACUCGAGGGUGAACAGAGAAGGGGGAGCAGGGUCCGAGUCCUUGCUCAUUCGAGGGGCUGUCACCCCUCUGGGAGGUGCAGCUGUGUUGGAAGGCAGUAUGUGUGCUGCUCCUGGAGGAGCUGAGACAGGCUUGCUGACUCUGUGGCCGAGGAUCAAAGGGGCACUCUGGCCUUGGUAAGCAGAAAGCUUUAAGCAGCUCUAGUGGCGGUAGAGGGCUGGCUAGGGCCUGUGGUGUUCUCCUUGGUACAAAUGGGGCCUUCAACCUUCUUUGGAGAGUUUGGAGUGAAGUGCUAGGCAUCAGGGCUCACCAGUGCCGAGGCAGAGUGUGUGGCUUGGUGCUCUCCCACUUGACCAGCUUCACCCUGAGGCCUGGAAACUGCCAGUCCCGUGGCCCAUCAGAAGACUGGUGGGCCUGGUGGUGGCAAUGCCAGUCUGAGCUCUCAUGGAGGAUGGGGUAUUCAGUUUAGAGCCCACCUGAGGCAGUCUGUUCUGCAGAGGCCACUUGCUUUGGGAGGCUCUGAAUUCCCCCAUGUACACGGGUUUCAGUAAGAAAGAACCAGGACAGAAAGAGUUUGGGCCAUAGUUUUCAUCUCCAUGUAGUAUUCUAAGUUUUAUAAACUCGGCAUGUUUCGUAUUAACUUUACUGAAUCCAUGCCAGUGAAGGCUGUUAGGCUUAAAUUAAAAGGGAGAAAAAAGUGUUUGUGGCUGCGUCACCUAUCCAAGGCGAACAUCCGCAACUUCAGUUUCUCGCUGUUUUGCCAGAACCCUAGCAGGCUCUCUGGUGGCGCUGGCCCAGGACGAUGCCAACCCAUCUGUCCAGGCCAGGGCUUAAAUGCCUUAAUAUUGGUAUCUUCAGCUGUGUUGGCAAAAACAGGCAUGCCAACUCCUUUUUGUAGCUUUACCAAGUGAGCCAAAGACGGUUCUGAUGACUCAUGGUAAAGCAGUGAUUCUACCUGCUCGGGGUAAAAGGACUGCCUAGUGCAAAUACAAACAAAAGUAAUGCACACUGGAAAAUAAGAAACUUAUUAAAAAAUGUUACCCACAGAUCCCCUACCCUAACACAACUCAAGAAUAAAUCUCACCAUAUCACGUCCUUUUUGUAAAUUAGUUUAUAGGCACUUCUCUUCAAAAAAUCAAAAACCAAACCUGUUGCCGCUGAGUCGAUUCCAACUCAUAGUGACCCUACAGGACAGAGUAGAACUGCCCCGUAGAGUUUCCAAGGAGCGCCUGGUGGAUCUGAAUUGCUGACCUUUUGGUUAGCAGCUGUAGUAUUUAGCCACUAUGCCACCAGGGUUUCCUUCAGAAAUACUUAAAAAAAACCAAACCAGUUGUCAUUGAGUCAGUUUCGACCCAUGGUGACCCAGUGUGGUCAGAGAACCGUGUUUCAUGGGGUUUCAAUGGCUAAUUUUUACGAAGUAGAUCUCCAGGCCUUUCUUCCAAAGCACCUCUAGAUGGACUUGAACUGCCAACCUUUCAGUUAGUAGCUUAGCGUGUUGGCCAUUUGUACCACCCAGGGACUCCCAGGAAUACUUACAAAGCUGCAAAAUAGUCUAUCAAAUGAGUGUACCAUUUUAUUUCCCUAAAGCUGACCAGUCACGUUGUAUUUCAGUUUUUGCUAUUAUUAAAAAAAUACAAAGGGCUCUGAAGAAAGUCUCUGUGCACAGGAGCUUUCUCAUUGGAAGAGAUUGCUGGCAGUGGAAUUACAGGUCGAAGCCUCCAAACAUCCUUAAGACCCUGAACAUGAUCUUGCCAAACUGCAUCUGAAAAGGACUUCAGUUAGCAUGUUAAGUAACAAAGCCCCAGAGUAUUGGCAGGAAAUACAGCAAAACAUUGAGAGGUCAGGGUUGGUGUACAUAAAUACCCCCACCAACUUCCACGGUUCUGUAUUUUCCAAAUUUCCUAAGAUUUUAACUUUGGGAUGGAAAAAUGAAAGCCGAUUUAUAUUCCCACCAGUGACAUCUUGGUCUGUGACUUCACCCUAUCUGCCUAAGGUGUGCUAAGGAAACACAAAAUCCUAUCAACAUCAGCCCCAGGUGCCUUCAGGUACAGAGACCUUGAUGGACCAGAAUCUACCCUGAGAAGGAGCACAGCUGCCCUUUGGUUUACAAGCCACGGAGCCCCAUGGUCCUUUCCUCCAUCCACCCCGGCUCUUCCGACGUGGCUCUGGAGGAGUCUCAGAUGUGGUCUAAGAUCGACCUCCCCUUCAAGACAAAAGCUUGGUCAGCUGGAGGCCUCAGGGGCUGCCUCCAAGCUUGUGGGGGCUCCAGAGUGGACGAAAGAGAUGGCCUAAAGGGGGAUGGUCUGGGAGCCGGGCUUGGGCCCAGUUCACCCAGCAGCCUGUAAGCCAGGGCCAUGGGUGUCACCCCUCUGCCUUUCAGUCAUGUAUAUUAUAUAUGUCUAACAUUUCCAUGUUUUAUGAAUAGUUUUGUUGUCAGGAAAAGAAACUCUUAAAACCCUCAGUAACAU